AUGGCCCUGAAUCCUGCAGUCGGCACGCUGGCACCAUUGCCGCCCAUCCUCCUCCACGGCUCCAUCGUCAUCGCUAUCUUCGCCUUCCUUUCCUUCUUCGCAAGCCUGGCGCUGUUCAUCUACCUAACUGUCAAGAUUGUCUCGUGGCAGCUCUCGAGAAAACACCAUGUUGCGGAUACCGCCACCGGCCAAGGCUUCUCCAUGGACGUCCAGGACUUCACGCCGUGCGCCGCCUGCAAGUCAUUUCAUCUUUCGACCAAGACGAGACAGCUUCCACCUAGGAGAAAGCUACCGAACCAGUUUCUGGUCCUAAUCUUCAACCUUCUCCUCGCCGACCUCCACCAGGCCACAGCCUUCCUUCUGAGCUCUUCCUGGGCAGCUCAGAACGACAUCAUGGUCGGAACGUCGACAUGUUUCGUUCAGGGCCUGUUCAUCUGCACCGGCGAUCUUGCCUCCAGCUGCUUCAUGUCGGCCAUUGCCAUUCACACCUAUUUUUCAAUCGUCAAGGGAUACCGGCCGUCCCAUAGGGUGCUGUAUGCCUGCAUGAUCGGGAUCUGGGUAUUUGACUACGCAAUGGCGCUUCUCCCGGUGGCGGCCACGCACAACGGCGCCGCCAACGGCGGUUAUUUCGUUCGCGCUGCUGCUUGGUGCUGGAUAAGCCGAGAAUACGAGCUCCUCCGCCUGCUAACGCACUACCUCUUCAUCUUCAUCUCCAUCGUCGUAGCCACGACCUUCUACGCCCUCAUCGUCCUCUUCCUGCGGCGGCAGCACCAGCGCGGCGGCCUGGAAAACGUAAAGGACAAGCACCACCCGGCCUUCCUCGCCUACCCCUUGAUCUACCUCGUCUGCAUCCUGCCACUCGCCCUGGGCCGCAUCGCCACCAUGGCCGGCAGCGAGCCGCCGGUGGGCUACUUCUGCUUCGCGGGCGCGCUGACGGCCAGCAACGGCUGGCUCGACGUCGUGCUCUUCGCCACCACGCGGCGCGCCAUCGUCUUCGCCACCGGCAACGACCUGGCCAACGAGGAUACGGGGCUGGACACCUUCGCCUUCAUGCGCACGCCGGCCACUGGCUUUGGGAACAUGGUGUGGGUACGCGGCGGGCGGGCCGAGCACGAGCGGGAGCGGGAGCGGGCGGAUCACGGCGGGUGGUGGCGGAUCCGGGGGGACUCGCAGGCAGGCGCCCGACAUGUCGGGGGAAAUCUGGGAACGACCUCGAGCCAGACUUCGCUGACACCGCAGGGCGGGAAUACGAUUCAGAUGGAGGUUGUCACGUCGGUCCUUGUUGAGAGCGACGGAAGUGGGGAGAGGAGCAUGGCCGACUCGAGAGCGUUGUCGAUCAACAGUAUGGAUAAAGACCAGUAUAGCCGGCGGAACUAA